UAUUUCAAGGUACUCUAUCACAUAUGGUACUUGACUCUAUCUUGAAAGCUGCUUUAUUUUCUUGUGUCAAAACAAAAUUAUUUUUCCAUUUUUAAAUCAGGUCUUCAUUUCUUCUGUUACCUUUCCUUGCUAUUUUGAUUAUUAACUUGUUCUUUGUGAUAUUCUAAUUAGUGAGAUGAGCUAUCAACUUUAUCGUAACACCACUUUAGGACACACUCUGCAAGAGAGUCUGGAUGAGUUUGUUCAAUGCAAUCAGAUAACCCCACAGUUGGCUCUUAAGAUUUUGGUUCAAUUUGACAAAUCAGUCAAUGUUGCUUUGGCUAGUAAAGUUAAAACAAGGUUAACUUUUAAGGCUGGCCAUCUCAGGACAUAUCGAUUUUGUGACAAUGUAUGGACCUUAGUGCUAAAAGAUGUUGAAUUUAGAGAAGCCCAAGAACUGAUCAAAGUCGAUAAUGUAAAAAUAGUCGCUUGUGAUGGUAAAAGUCCUAAUAUCAGGGAUGAGAGAGAUUGAAAAGAGCCAUUGUAGCCAGAAAGAGACUAACUACCUAGGUAGAGUUACUGGUUAAACUAACUAAUGUGAAUCUUUGUAAAUAAAGCUUUUCAUAAAUAUCUGAUAAUUCAUUAUUUUUAAAAAUUUUCAUUCUAAACUUCCAAUGAUGAAUUAAAGAUCGAAUCAAGAUGGCAAAUAAUUGUUACUAUG